AUGUAUCAUAAACAUCCUAAAGGGGUAGUUACAGAUGGAGAUCUUGCAAUGAGAGAAGCUAUUCGAAAUGUAUUUCCAAACUCGUUGCAUCGUCUUUGUUCAUGGCAUCUACAUCGAUAUGCUUGUGAGAAUGUGAAGAAUCUAAAAUUCUUGGAAGAUUUUAAGUCAUUAAUUUAUGAUACUUAUACUGUAGACGAGUUUAAAAAUGAGUGGAAGAGGGUAGUUGAUGAUUGUGGUUUAUCAAAUAACAAAUGGGUUAAGAAAACAUAUGACAUGAAGAGAAUAUGGGCUAGUUCAUACAUGCGAGACAAGUUUUUUUGUGGUAUAAGAACUAUAUCAAUCUCUGAAGCCGUCAACUUUUUUAUAAAGAUGUAUGUUCAGAAUAAAAGCAAUCUUGUUGAUUUCUUGCACGGUUUCGAAAGAGCUGUAAAAGAAUACAGACAUAAUGAGUUAAUGUCUAAUUUUAAAACGUUCUAUUAUGAUCCCGUGCUAACAACUAAAUUGGAGGGGUUGGAGCUCGAAACUGCAAAGAUCUCUAUUGGGGAAAAAUUUAAGGAAGUUCAAGAUGAAAUAGAAGAUGCGAUCACGGUAAAUGUUAUCGAACACUCUGAGCUCGAAAAUGUUGUGACUUUUAAGAUGAAUAGAUUUUGCAACAAAAAUUCUACAUAUCUAGUUCAUCUUGAUAAGGUGCAAAGUAAAUUUUUAUGUGAUUGUAAUUUGUUUGAACGGGUAGGAAUUCCAUGUUCUCACAUCAUUUGUGCCAUGAGGCAUGAGCACAUGAACAUAUUUCCAAAUAGUUUGAUUUGUAAAAGAUGGACCAGAUCAGUAAAGGAUGAUUAUAUAUCGUCAAUGUCUUCUAAAGAAUGUGAUGAUGAGAAAAUGGUCAUGUUCCAUCGAGGGACUAUGUCUUCUGCGUUUAAUAGUAUGUGUGAUAUUUCUUGUAAGCAUCCAAAUGAUUUUAAAGAGGCUUUGAAAGGUAUUUAUAGUUUGUGUGAGAAAAUAAAGAGGCGUCGUGAUGCCAAUGGAAAUCAUAAGACUAAUACAAAUGUUAUUAAUGAUCCCAUUCAGAGGAAGACCAAAGGUGCUCCUCGUAAGAACAAAGGCAUUCCUCGCAAGACCAAAGGUGCUUCUCGUAAGACAAAAGGUGUCCCUUGUAAUACCAGUCACACAAAGCAUAAGUGUCAAGAUAUAAGUAAAAAUGAUGUUCUACAUGAAGUUGACAAAGACUCUGUUGCAAUAUCAAAUGUAGGGUGUGAGGGUGUUGAUAAGAAUUAUGGCAGCCAUCAGAAGAAAAAAGAUGUUAAUUUGUUUAUUAAAAAUGAAGAGAUUGGCCGAUCAAACGAGAACAUGCCAAACACACCUAUAGCUUUUGAAAAUAAUGUUCACGGUUGCGGUCUUAUAUAUGGUAUACCCUCUAUUAAAAUGGAAGGUCAAAAUGUAACAUGA